UCUAAAUCUAAAUAAAUACCAUAACCCCUUUCUCAACCUCUUCUUUCUUUUUCCCCAUUCUCUCUCUAGAAUCCUCCCCUCUCUCUAGAUUUCCUCCAUCAUUAGCCUAAAUUGAUCAUCAUCACUUGUUUGUUUCCUUGCUCUAUAAUAAUAAUACCCAUUUCAUAGUCAUUUCAUUUCCUUUACUUUUCCAUUUUCCAAUUUCCAAUUUCCACCCAUGGAUCUGCCAUUCACAAUCACACCCUUAACCACUUCCAAUUCUUCAUAAGUAAGAUCCAUUCAUUCACUUGAAUCACUUCAUAUAAAGUCACACACACAACUUGAGAGAAAGAGAGAGAGAGGAAAUUGAAAAUGAAAAUGAAAAUCCCUUGUUGUUCGGUUUGCCAAACGCGGUACAACGAGGAGGAGCGUGUUCCGCUUCUACUCCAAUGCGGCCAUGGCUUCUGCAGAGAGUGUCUUUCUAGAAUGUUCUCUGCUUCGCCGGACGCCACGCUCACGUGCCCCCGCUGCCGCCACGUGUCCACCGUCGGCAACUCAGUUCAAGCGCUGCGCAAGAACUACGCUGUUCUCUCGCUCAUCCACUCCGCCGCGGAAGCCGCUUCCGCCGCCGGCGUCACUGGCGGAAAGUCCAGCUUCGACUGCGACUGCACCGAUGAGGAGGACGGUGACGGUGACGACGAUGAGAAUGGAGAUGACGAGGAGAAGCGGCGCCGGAACAGCCGCGGCUCGCAGGCGUCGAGCUCGGGGGGGUGUGCGCCGGUGAUCGAGGUCGGGGCGCAUCAGGACUUGAAGCUGGUGAAGCGGAUUGGGGAGGGGAGGAGGGCUGGAGUGGAGAUGUGGACGGCGGUGAUCGGCGGUGGGAGGUGUCGGCAUCAUGUGGCGGUGAAGAAGGUGGCGAUGAUGGAGGGGAUGGAUUUGGAGUGGAUGCAAGGGAAGUUGGAGAGUUUGCGUAAGGCUUCGAUGUGGUGUAGGAACGUGUGCACGUUCCAUGGAGCAAUGAGGGUGGAUGAGAGUGUGUGUCUUGUGAUGGAUAGGUGUUAUGGAUCGGUUCAGUCUGAGAUGCAACGCAACGAGGGGAGGCUCACUUUGGAGCAAGUCCUAAGAUAUGGGGCAGAUAUUGCACGAGGGGUUGUUGAGCUUCAUGCUGCAGGCGUUGUUUGCAUGAAUUUAAAACCUUCCAAUUUACUUCUUGAUGCCGAUGGUCAUGCUGUGGUCUCUGAUUAUGGACUUGCUACAAUUCUGAAAAAGCCUUCCUGUUGGAAGGCUCGGCCAGAGUGUGACUCCUCAAAGAUCCAUUCCUGUAUGGAAUGUAUAAUGCUCAGCCCACAUUAUACCGCACCUGAGGCUUGGGAACCUGUGAAGAAAUCAUUAAAUUUGUUUUGGGAUGAUGGAAUAGGUAUAUCUUCUGAAUCAGAUGCCUGGAGUUUUGGUUGUACCUUGGUGGAGAUGUGCACGGGUGCCAUUCCGUGGGCUGGUUUAAGUGCGGAGGAAAUCUAUCGGGCAGUUGUUAAAGCAAAGAGAUUGCCUCCACAAUAUGCUAGUGUGGUUGGUGGUGGAAUUCCUAGGGAAUUGUGGAAGAUGAUUGGAGAGUGCCUGCAAUUCAAGCCUUCUAAAAGGCCUACUUUUAAUGCAAUGCUAGCAAUAUUUCUCCGUCAUUUGCAGGAAAUACCGCGCAGCCCUCCUGCAAGCCCUGAUAAUGACUUCGCUAAGAGCUCCAUAUCAAAUGUGACGGAGCCUUCCCCAGUGCCUGAAUUAGAAGUUCCUCAGGAAAAUCCAAACCAUCUUCAUCGACUAGUGUCUGAAGGGGUUGUCUCAGGUGUUAGAGACCUUCUAGCAAGGGCUGCAUCAGAAAAUGGCAGCAACUACAUAUUUUCUUUAUUGGAAGCUCAAAAUGCUGAUGGGCAAACAGCUCUCCACUUAGCUUGUAGACGUGGCAGUGCAGAACUUGUUGAGGCAAUUCUGGAGUAUGAAGAGGCAAAUGUUGAUGUCUUGGACAAAGAUGGAGAUCCUCCUCUCGUUUUUGCCUUAGCAGCUGGGUCUCCUGAAUGUGUUCGUAGCCUCAUCAAAAGAAAUGCCAAUGUGAGGUCGCGAUUGAGAGAUGGCAUUGGCCCAUCAGUAGCUCACGUUUGUGCCUAUCAUGGACAACCAGAUUGUAUGCGGGAAUUACUAUUAGCUGGAGCUGAUCCUAACGCAGUGGAUGAUGAAGGUGAAUCUGUACUGCAUCGGGCAGUUGCCAAGAAGUACACAGACUGUGCUGUUGUAAUAGUGGAAAAUGGAGGCUGCAGAUCCAUGAUCAUCUCGAAUUCAAAGAACCUGACACCACUUCACUUGUGUGUGGCAACAUGGAAUGUUGCUGUUGUGAAGAGAUGGGUGGAAGUUGCAACUCCCGAUGAGAUCGCUGAAGCAAUUGACAUACCAAGUCCUAUUGGCACUGCCUUGUGCAUGGCAGCUGCUUCUAAGAAAGAUCAUGAAAGUGAGGGGAGAGAACUGGUGCGGAUAUUACUUGCGGCAGGAGCUGAUCCAUCUGCUCAAGAUUCACAGAAUGGGAGGACGGCUUUGCAUACAGCUGCUAUGACUAACGAUGUAGACUUGGUUAAGGUUAUUCUUGCUGCUGGGGUUGAUGUGAACAUUCGCAAUGUGCACAACAGUAUACCUCUUCAUUUGGCCUUAGCUAGGGGUGCAAAGGCAUGUGUUGGACUGCUUCUAGCUUCUGGGGCAGAUUAUAAUUUGCAGGAUGAUGAUGGUGACAAUGCUUUCCAUAUAGCAGCAGAGACUGCAAAAAUGAUACGUGAAAAUCUUGACUGGCUUAUUGUUAUGCUAAAGAAUCCCAAUGCUGAUAUUGAGGUUAGAAACCACAGUGGCAAGACACUACGUGACAUCUUAGAGGCUCUCCCCCGAGAAUGGAUGUCAGAAGAUUUGAUGGAGGCACUCAUGAAUAGAGGAGUUCAUUUGUCUUCUACAAUAUUUGAAGUGGGGGACUGGGUGAAGUUCAAAAGAACUGUCAUAACUCCAUCAUAUGGGUGGCAAGGUGCUAGACCAAAGAGUGUUGGUUUUGUGCAAAGUGUUCCAGACAGGGAUAAUCUCAUUGUUUCAUUUUGUUCGGGGGAGGUUCAUGUGCUGGCAAAUGAAGUUGUAAAAGUCAUUCCAUUGGACAGGGGACAACAUGUACAAUUGAAAGAAGAUGUAAAAGAGCCAAGGUUUGGUUGGCGUGGGCAGUCACGUGAUAGCAUUGGGACAGUAUUAUGUGUUGACGAUGAUGGAAUCCUCCGUGUUGGAUUUCCUGGAGCAUCCAGAGGAUGGAAAGCUGACCCAGCUGAGAUGGAACGGGUUGAGGAAUUCAAGGUUGGAGACUGGGUUCGUAUUCGUCCAACUCUUACAUCUGCAAAGCAUGGACUAGGAUCUGUGACACCAGGAAGCAUUGGCAUUGUAUAUUGUAUCCGACCAGACAGUAGUCUGUUAAUAGAACUGAGCUAUCUUCCAAAUCCAUGGCAUUGUGAACCGGAGGAGGUUGAGCAUGUUGCUCCGUUUAGGAUUGGUGAUCGGGUAUGUGUGAAGCGAUCUGUUGCAGAACCUAGAUAUGCCUGGGGUGGUGAGACGCAUCAUAGUGUUGGAAGAAUAAGUGAGAUUGAGAAUGAUGGUCUCUUAAUAAUCGAAAUACCUAAUCGACCCAUACCAUGGCAGGCUGAUCCAUCUGAUAUGGAGAAGGUGGAAGAUUUUAAGGUUGGAGAUUGGGUCAGAGUGAAAGCUUCAGUGUCUUCUCCAAAAUAUGGAUGGGAGGAUAUUACAAGGAACAGUAUUGGGGUAAUUCAUAGCUUGGAGGAGGAUGGUGAUAUGGGUGUUGCCUUUUGCUUCAGAAGUAAGCCUUUUUCAUGCUCAGUCACUGAUGUGGAGAAAGUUCCCCCUUUUGAGGUGGGGCAAGAAAUUCAUGUGAUGCCAUCUGUUACUCAGCCACGGCUCGGGUGGUCAAAUGAAUCACCAGCUACUGUUGGAAAAAUAGUGAAAAUUGAUAUGGAUGGUGCUCUCAAUGUGAAGGUUGCAUGUAGGCAGAGCUUAUGGAAAGUUUCUCCUGGAGAUGCAGAACGGCUUCCAGGAUUUGAAGUUGGGGAUUGGGUGCGUUCAAAAUCAAGCCUGGGAACUAGACCAAAUUAUGACUGGAAUAGUGUUGGGAGAGAUAGUUUAGCAGUUGUGCAUAGUGUUCAGGAGUCUGGAUACUUGGAGUUGGCUAGCUGUUUCCGUAAAGGGAAGUGGAUCACUCAUUAUACCGAUGUUGAAAAGGUUCCUAGCUUCAAAGUCGGGCAGUAUGUUAGGUUCCGAACUGGGUUGGUUGAACCGAGAUGGGGUUGGAGAGGAGCCCAACCUGAAUCUCAAGGGAUUAUAACCAGUAUUCAUGCUGAUGGAGAAGUCAGGGUCGCAUUCUUUGGUUUGCCAGGACUGUGGAAAGGAGAUCCUUCAGACCUGCAGAUAGAGCAAAUCUUUGAAGUGGGAGUGUGGGUGAGAUUGAAAGAUAACGCAAAUAAUUGGAAAUCAAUUGGGCCAGGUAGUGUUGGCGUCGUUCAAGGAAUAGGGUAUGAAGGAGAUGAAUUGGACAGAAGCACUUUUGUUGGCUUUUGUGGGGAGCAAGAAAAGUGGGUAGGACCAAGUUCCCAUCUUGAAAGAGUUGACAAACUCCUUGUUGGACAGAAGGUUAGAGUCAAACAAUACGUAAAGCAACCAAGAUUCGGAUGGUCAGGGCACAGCCAUGCAAGUAUCGGGACUAUACAAGCAGUUGAUGCUGAUGGAAAACUUCGAAUAUACACACCGGCAGGUUCAAAAGCAUGGAUGUUGGACCCUUCAGAAGUUGAUGUGGUAGAAGAGAAGGAGCUCUGUAUUGGAGACUGGGUGAGGGUUAGAUCAUCAGUUUCAACCCCAACCCACCAUUGGGGGGAAGUGAGUCAUUCCAGCAUUGGGGUGGUGCAUCGGAUGGAAGAUGAGGAUCUGCGGGUGGCGUUUUGUUUUAUGGACAGGCUAUGGCUUUGUAAGGCCGGGGAAAUGGAACGGGUUAGGGCAUUCAAAGUUGGGGACAAGGUAAAGAUCAGAGAUGGACUGGUAGCCCCAAGGUGGGGUUGGGGAAUGGAGACACAUGCUAGCAAGGGACAAGUAGUAGGGGUAGAUGCAAAUGGGAAAGUAAGAAUAAGGUUCCGAUGGAGGGAAGGGAGGCCCUGGAUAGGAGACCCUGCAGAUAUUGCCCUUGAUGAGAACUGAUGUACCAUUUAGGAAAAUGGAAGCUUGUAUCAUAACUUGAUUUGGACUAUGCUCUUCUGGGUCUGAGCUUGUGCAAAGAAGUGGUGAGCUUUAUGCGCCCUGUAUCAGAUAUGCUCUGAAGUCUGAACUAUAACUCCUGUCUGAUGGUUGGAAUACAGUUUGACCUGAUUUAUUGAUGUUAAUAAACAGAGUGAAGAUUGAAGUUAUGGCGAAACGAAAAUCAAAAUUGGCUCCUAACCAAGAUGUGGAGAUUUACAGGCAUUAGGCAAAUAUUGGCGAUUGGCCUAUUUAUAUUCAUUACUCACAUAUAAGCUUGUAGUCCCAGAUUUUGAGGUGUAUAUUUACAUCAUUACUUAAUAUAAUUAUUGUACAAAUUGUACUCACCGCUCAACUUGAUACAUUUUUUUACUCACCAUUAUGCAGUUGCAUAAUGUUAAAUAGAAUUGAUUCCAUUAUAGAGCGUUUGGACA